AAAUGUGAAAGGAGUUGAGGAUAACCAUUUCAAUUACUGGUUGUAUGUCCAGCCGUCUUGCGAGGCUGUGCCAUACGUUUAUAAUUUUAAAAGAAAGACGUAAUUGUCACAGAUAUCUUGUAGAAUCUGGGCGGGUCGUGCGGGAGUCGUCCAGUUAUUAUAAAGCACUUCGGGUGUCUUCGCAUUUCCAAUGUAAAUCAGAAAGAUAUGUCUAACAGGGGAGAAGGAUUUAUGUAGCAGUUAGUCUGUCUUCAAGAACUAAAAGAAAGACGAAAGCCCAGAUAAGCCAGAGAAAAGCAUUUACAUUUUACCCGCCUUUUGCUCAGUUUUCUGAUUGUCUGCCCUUUUGCUCUGCCUGUAUUUUGAGGAAGGUGCAGGUAAAGGUAGGGUUGAGUAUGGAAGUAGAAAAGAGGCAGAGCGAAGCAGAGAGCAAUCUUCUGCCUCUGGCCAAGCUUGGCCCUGAUGCAGGCGCUGAAUUUGUUUUGCAGUCUAAAGGGACAUGGUGGCACGCUGGGUUCCAUUUAACGACAGCAAUAGUCGGACCGACUAUUCUGACGCUGCCUUACGCCUUCCGCGGCAUGGGAUGGGCGUUGGGUCUCUUUUCCCUCUCCACUGCUGCAGCUGUCACUUUUUACAGCUAUUUUCUCAUGUCCAAAGUACUCGAUAACUGCGAGAAGCAGGGGCGUCGCCACAUUCGAUUCAGAGAGCUCGCAAGAGACGUCCUUGGCUCUGGUUGGAUGUUUUAUCUGGUGGUCUCCAUUCAGACCACAAUUAACAUGGGAGUGGGCGUCGGAUGUAUUCUUCUCAGUGCCGAUUGUAUGGAGAUCAUUUACUCGAACAUUCAGCCACACGGAGACCUCAAAUUGAAUCAUUUUAUAAUCAUAGCGGCUGGGAUCGUGAUAGUGUUCUCUCAGCUACCGUCGUUUCAUUCCCUCCGUUAUAUCAAUUUAGGGUCGCUGGUGCUUAGCUUGGGGUACACUUUGUGCGUCGUAAUUGCAUGUAUACAUGCAGGGUAUUCUCACCAUCCACCCUACCCGCAAAGGGAUUACUCGCUCAAAGGAUCAAAAGUGGUACGACUAUUCAAUGCAUUCAACGCGAUGUCUAUCCUCGGAAGUGUAUUCGGCAACGGUAUUCUGCCGGAGAUUCAGGCCACUGUAGCUCCUCCGGCCACGGGAAAGAUGUUCAAAGGCUUAUGCAUGUGCUACGCAGUAAUGCUUGUGGCAUGCUACAGUGUGGCAGUAUCAGGCUACUCGGCAUUUGGCAACACUGCACAGUCUAACAUAUUGCAGAGUCUGCUGCCCAAAGAAGGUCCCGCCCUUGCACCCACAUGGUUGCUCGGCCUCGCUGUUAUUUUCGUACUCCUCCAGCUUUUUGCAAUAGCACUGGUGUAUUCUCAAGUAGCUUACGAGAUCAUGGAGAAGAAAUCAGCAGAUGUUAAGAAGGGAAUUUUUGCAGCCCGAAACUUAAUUCCGAGGUUGUUUCUGAGAACAGUUUAUAUAGUGAUUUGUGCGGUGAUUGCAGCCAUGCUGCCAUUUUUUGGAGAUAUAAAUGCGCUGGUGGGUGCCAUUGGCUUUAUUCCACUGGAUUUCAUUCUUCCCAUGCUUCUCUACUACAAGAGCUUCAAGCUCGCUCCCAAUUCCUCAAUUUACCGGAUAAACAAUGCUAUUAUGGUGAUUUUCACGGUUGUUGGGAUAAUGGGUGCCAUCUCCUCAGUGCGCCAGAUAGUCAUUGAUGCUAAACGUUUUCACAUUUUUAGCAAUAAUGUGUUGGACUGAUGCGGCUAAUUUCAUUAGCUGGGCAUGCCCAGCAUAUUUUAAGGAGUUCUCACUCUGUUAAAAUCAAACCCACUUUGCCAUUAUCAGUAAAAGGAUCAAAUGAAUUCCCCACUGAAAAAGCCUGUAAUUUUGAUUCUAGCAACUUUAACUGAAAUAUAUAUUUAGAACCAAAUCACCGACUUCUAGAUUUGUUUAGUCAAUGAAAAACCGGAGAUGGGCAGAGAAUAUCGUGUGGUUAGUGGCUACUCUACUAUUCGCAUUAGGAGGCUUUUGGUCCCCUCAGGAGCAUGCUCUGAAAUUAAAAACACUAAUGGAGCUUUCAUAUUCUAGAGGUUCUACCACUUGUACUAAUCCCCUAAUUUUAUACUUAGUUGCCACUUCUAUAUGAAAUAAUUUGUAAUAUUGACUUUAUUGUAUUGUUAACAAUGACUUUGUGAUGGUUUACUUGAAUGUGAGUAUGAUUUCAUUUA